CGCACAGACCGCAAAAGCUUACCACAUCCGCUCCCGAUCUCCUUGACUGCAAGUCUUCUUCCCACACGCUAUUACUCGCGAUUUACCUGCCACAAAAGAAUACCAAAAUCAUAUGGCCAACAUCAGCAUCGUGGAAGCCGACCACGAAAGGGUCGAAUUUCCCACCACAGUCAACGGCCUUCCUACCGGCUUCCCACCAGUCUUAGCACGACGUGGAGUGCCCGAAUUCAUGUGGGAUCAAGACAUGUACAUCAUCCGGCAUAUGGCAGCGAAGCUCUCUAAAGACCAAAGUAGGGAGAUAUAUCUGGUGUGUUUCACAUGUGGGCUGUCGAUUUGUUUCUACGGUGCCGCGGUGGAUCGGUUUAAUGAUCGCCUGCGAACCUACGUUGAUGGGAUGAAUGCGAGGUAUGCACCGUAUGGGGUUGUUUGGGAGAUGAGAUGGGUUCCAUAUUGUGGGACUUUUAUGUCUUAUGAGACUUAGCUGUUAAGUUUGUGUGCUUUAGUAGGGGAUGUGUGAGGAGGGGGUAUGAAGGUUCUGGUUCAGGAGCUGAGAAUAGAUACCUAGCCAGAAUUGGGACAGUAAAUGCUAUGUGAAUUCUCUUAUGAUUGGCUUAUGCUAGAUUCUAACGAUGAAACAUAAUUGCAAUAGUCCUAAAGAGAGGAAGGGUGCACGACAUCCUGACUCAAUAACCUGG